AUGGCUAAUGCUACCUUCACAAGUCAUCAUCACGGACAACUUGAGCUAAUGCACGUGCAACUCAGGAGGGCAAGGAGAAGAACUGAUACACAAGACAUAGAACUAGCAAUGGAUAUGAUGGUGGUGUUCUCCGAUGACCAUGAUCGUAAUGCUGAUAGUGCUAUUGUUGAAAGGCUUGCAAUAAAGUUGGAGCUUCGCAGUUUUGAGGAUCUUGAGGUAGAAACAGUGGCUGUUGGAAACCUUGUUAGAGAAAGAAAAGGACAACAAGCUGAGAGUACACAGAAAAUAAUUGGCCUUCUUAACAGAUUCAAAAGGGUUGCAGGUAUGGAAGAAACCGCUAUCGUCCUUGAUGGUGAUCCUGCCAUGCCUAAUAAGAUGCUUGGAAGAAGCACUUCUUUGGUCAUCCCUCAUGAGUUUCUAUGUCCAAUUACACUUGAAAUCAUGACUGAUCCUGUUAUUGUUGCAAGUGGACAGACAUAUGAAAGGGAAAGCAUAGAGAAGUGGUUCAAAUCCAAUCAUAAAACCUGUCCAAAGACAAGGCAACCUCUAGAACAUCUUCAAUUAGCACCAAACUGUGCCUUAAAAAACUUAAUUGUUGAAUGGUGUGAGAACAACAACUUCAAACUUCCAAAAAUCUACACUUCAUCAUGUCAAGAAGGCUCUUCAACUGAAAACCAAGAAGAAAUUCCAUCUUUGGUUGAAAGCCUAGGGUCUAUCAACUUAGAACAUCAGAGAAAGGCAGUCGAAAGAAUCCGCAUGUUAUCAAAAGAAAAUCCAGAGAACAGAGUUUUAGUCGCCGAGCAUGGAGGAAUACCACCAUUAGUACAACUACUAUCCUAUCCAGAUUCAAAAAUAAAAGAACAUGCUGUUACCGCACUUUUGAAUCUAUCAAUUGAUGAAGAUAACAAGAAACUUAUAUCACAAGAAGGUGCUAUUCCAGCUAUUAUAGAAGUGUUGGAGAAUGGAAGUAUUGUAGCUAAAGAAAACUCAGCAGCAGCUUUAUUUAGCUUAUCAAUGAUUGAUGAAAAUAAAGAGAUUGUAGGAAUAUCAAAUGGGAUUCAACCUUUGGUAAACUUGUUACAAAAUGGAACAGUUAGAGGGAAAAAAGAUGCUGCUACAGCACUUUUUAGCUUAUCAUUAAACAAUGCAAAUAAAGAUAGAGCUAUAAGAGCUGGAAUUGUUACACCUUUACUUGAACUGUUACAGGACACAAACUUGGGAAUGAUUGAUGAAGCACUCUCAAUUUUGUUGUUACUUGUGUUGAAUCCUGAAGGGAGACAAGAGAUUGGACACUUAUCUUUCAUUGAAAUUCUUGUUGGCUUUAUUAGAGAAGGGACUCCUAAGAAUAAGGAAUGUGCAGCUUCUGUUCUUCUUGAGUUGUGUUCAAGUAAUUCUUCUUUCACUUUGGCAGCACUUCAGUUUGGAGUUUAUGACCAUUUAAUUCAGAUGAAGCAAACUGGUACAAAUAGAGCACAGAGGAAAGCAAAUGCAAUUUUAGAUCUCAUUAGCAAGAGUGAGCAAAUUUAA